UUUACACCUUGGCCUUGUGCUGUUUCACCAAUCGAAUCGCGUCGCCCGAUCCCCUCCCUUCCACGACGAAUUUUCUCUGCAUUCAAAAUUCAAUUAUCGAAAACAAGAACCGUUUUCCCCUUGCCUCCGUCUCAAUAUUUUCCCAAUUUUAGAGUUAGGUUAGAUCCACUGAUCCUAAACCCUAAACAAAAAUUUAAUCCAUGUCGAAACUCUCAGCAAUUUUCACAUGCAUCACAAUUUUCUUAUUGAGUAGUCUCUGCUUCCCGAUCGCCCUAUCGGAAACUGGCGCUGGAAUAUUGAUUCAAGAAGUCACAAGAGAGGAUGGUAAGGUUGAUGCAUGCGCAGGAUUAAAAGCACCCGCUUCAUGUCCGGUCAAUUGUUUCCGUGCGGACCCCGUGUGUGGCGUCGAUGGCGUUACUUAUUGGUGUGGGUGCGCUGACGCUUUGUGCAGUGGCACUCGUGUUGAUAAAUUAGGGGCUUGUGAGGCUGGGAGUGGAGGGAGCUCUUCUCUUCCUGGUCAGGCACUUCUUUUGAUUCAUAUUGUCUGGCUUAUCUUGCUUGGGUUUUCUCUCUUGUUUGGGUUUUUUUAAUCUGACAGAUUUACAAUUUGACUUUGAUUCUAUGAUUAUUUUCCCUGUAUAUAUUAUCUGUGUUGUUGUGCUGGGGUUGAGAUGAUUAGGGUUUGUGCGAGAUUUUGUGUGCGUGUAAAAAUAUUCCUUUGAGUUAAUAUCAUUAUUGUUCCAUUCUUUUUUACCGA